AUGAAGAUCGUUGGUCCUGUCAGAAAAAAGCUUAAAAUAAAAACACUUUUCAACAUAUUGGGACCUAUGCUUAAUCCUGCGAAAGUGUCUUAUGCCGUCGUUGGUGUUUACCACAAAAACCUGGUUCUUAAGAUGGCAAAGGCAUUACAGCUAUUUGGUAUGAAAAGAGCUUUGGUUGUUCAUUCAUAUGGCCUAGACGAGAUGAGUCCCUUUCUCUCGGAAAACUUUCACAUUCUUAUCCUAAACGCAGCAGCGGCUCUUCUGGUUAGCAGUAGAGUCCAAACGCUAGGGGAAGGAGUAACUUUGGCACGUGAAGUACAAUCGUCAGGGAAAGCUAUCAAGACGCUUGAUUCAUGGAUCCACUCAUCUAACUUAGCUCAUAAAUCUCAGUGA